AUGGCCACCUCCGAGCCGAAGCCCGCCGGCUCGCCCGCCAAGGUCGAUGCAAAUAAUAAUGCAACUGCCCCACCCGCCGCCCCUUCGGAAAGCCAGGCGACCGUCGUCGCGCUGGCCAACAAGUACCGCGCGGAGUUCGAGGAGACGUUCGAGGGCCUCCGACAGCGAGCCGUCAAGCUCCAGAGCGACGCCCCGCAGUUCAUCAACGAGACCCAGGCCAGCGUCGAGCCGUACAAGCAGGAGUUCAUCACCACUGUGCAGGCCACUGUUGGCGCUUCGGCCGGUGUGACGAUGGUGCUGGGCCUGCUCACCGGCUACCUGACGAUGCCGUACCUGCUGCUGUCGCUGCUGUACGCCGCCGCGACGGCCGUCUGCCUCCAGUACAUGUACAAGAACGUCAUAAAUGACUCGACGCCGACGUACGCGUACCAGCUGUGGCUGCUCGUCUCCUUCCGCGCCUGCCAUAUGCUGUGCCAUCUACUGUACGACAAGGAGUCCUUCAUCGACCUGCUCGACGACGUAUUCCCCACCCUACCGACUUCCUACGAGCGUCCCCUCCUGCCUUUCGAGCUCCGUUUUGGCGCCUCGAUUCGUCAGCUUCUUCAA